UUCUGGAUUGACGUUACUUCUCCCUCAUUGGCAGAAAUGAAGGCUAUUAGCAAAAUAUUCCAUAUCCAUCCGCUAACCACAGAGGAUAUAAUGGCACAUGAAAUACGCGAAAAAUGUGAUGUUUUUAGGCGCUAUAUAUUUAUAUGUUAUCGUGCAUUUUUACAUGACAAUUAUCAGCUUAAACCAAUGACAUUUUAUAAUAUAAUAUCCAAGCGCCACAUAUUGACAUUUCAUUUUGGACAUGUGCCUCAUACAGAACAUGUAUUAGAAAGGGUGAUCCAAUUACAAGAUUAUAUCGAAGUGGUUCCUGAUUGGAUAAACUAUGCCAUCAUGGACGAAAUAACAGAUAGUUUUGCGCCUAUGAUUCAGCAAAUAGAGUCCGAAGUAGACACGAUCGAUGAUUUAGUUUUGUUAUACAAGACUGAUCAAACAGAUAUGGUUUUAAGGAUAGGCACUUGUAGAAAAAGAGUGAUACAGAUGGUCAGACUACUUGGUACUAAAGCAGAAGUGGUUAAAGCACUCAUGAAGCGUAUUGAAGAGCGUACAAUGGGGCGUAUUUACCCUGAUGUGGGCCUCUAUUUAGGAGAUGUUCAGGAUCAUAUCUUGACUAUGCUUCAGAACCUAAACCAUUAUGAGACAGUUCUUGCAAGAUCAGAGUCUAACUAUUUGGCUCGCAUGUCUAUUGAGCUGACGCAAACAUCCAAUUCUACUAACCAUGUGAUCGGCCGUUUGACUAUAUUCGCUACUAUUUUGUUACCAAUGAAUCUCAUUACUGGUUUAUGGGGAAUGAAUGUCAAAGUACCCGGAAAGGACUACGAUAACUUGAUUUAUUUUUUUUGGAUAGUGUUCAGUCUAGUCGCUUUUGCUAUU